AUGGGCAACCUCUUUAGCCGUGAUGACGAUCUACCUCCAAAGCUCCAUGGUGGUAAAGAAGGAACGUUUGUAUUCUAUACGAUAGCUGAACGCUGGCCAAAAACCAUCGCGAAAAUAGUGGAUCACUUCCAUCGUAAACGGCGGGAUUUCAUCGAUCAGUAUGGAGAGGAAGCGGACUUAGACGUAAAGGCAGUCAUAGCUGAGCUUUCGGAACUUCGUUAUCGCAUCGCAACCGAUAAACCACUUGAAAAUAUCGAUGAUACGUCUUAUAGCUAUGAGAUGUGGAAUAACCUGUUGGCUCAAAUGCGGGCUGAGAAUGGUGAAGACGACGUGACAUGGUUCAAAUGUGAUUGGUUGUUCGGGGAAUGUUAUAUGUAUAGAAGAAUAGUUGGUUGUACGGCGAAAACCAAAUAUCUGAAAAGUUUCGACUUUUUUAUGGAACAAAAAGUUGAUGGAUUCAACAGCCACGUUGAACAAAUUCGAGAUGGUAUUAAGUACAUAUUUGCGGUCGCUGAUAACUUAUCAAUUCAGCAAGAACGGGAAACUUUGGAGGUUUUGUUGAAAAUGUGCUUAUGGGGAAAUCGAUGUGAUUUGUCAUUAUCUUGUGGUGAUGCGACACAACUGACACAGUCACCAAUUGACAGUGCUCGACAGUUGGAUUCCUACAUACUAUGCAAUGACCUUGGAACAGCUAUUGAAAUGUUCCUCUUGAAACUCAAGCCAAAUAAAAAAGGGCUAAAGGAGUUCCAUAUCGUACUCGAUAAUGCUGGCCCCGAACUUAUGGGUGAUCUCAUUUUUGCCGAAUAUCUCAUGCAAGUAAAAUUGGUCGAUAAAACAGUAUUACAUGGCAAGGAAUAUCCUUACUUCGUCUCCGACGUAACAGGGGCCGAUUUCGAAUGGACACUGGCCGAGUUGAAAAAGCGUGGUGACGUGUUUGGGACUAUGUAUUCAAAGUUGUCUACAAGAGGUCAACUAGUAUUUGAGGACCAUCGAUUUUGGACAUAUCCUCAUCCGUAUUGCCAGAUGAAAGCCGUGGCUCCCGAGCUGUAUGCACACUUAAGAGAUGCAUCUUUGAUCAUGUUCAAAGGGGAUCUGAAUUAUCGGAAAUUGGUGGGCGACAGAGACUGGCCCUAUGGUACACCUUUUAAGACAGCGCUAUGUGGUUUCUUGCCUGCACCGAUACUCGCACUACGAACUUUGAAAUCGGAAACGGUUGCUGGUCUACCCGACGACGUGGCCGAGCGUAUGGAAGAUGAACCUGAUCAAAAGUGGAUGGUUACUGGCGAAUAUGGAAUAGCAGAGCUUGCUUAUUGA